GCCAGACCACAGACGAUGUAACGAUGGCGGUGCGGACGGAGCCUGCGUUGUUUACGUUAAACUUGUUGCCGCAGGAAUUGCUCGUGCACAUCCUGUCAUUCCCGCAGAUCCAAGUGGACGAUCUGCUGCGCGUCUCCCAAGUGUGCUCACAGUUCCGCGAUGCCGUGUGCUGCAACGAGUUAUGGAAGAGGAAAUUCGCUCGGCGGUGGCCAGACCUUUUUCGGCAGUACAAUGCUGGCAACACACGGUGGCGAGUGGAAUGCAUGGAGCGCCUGUCCUGCGGAGUCAAACUCAGGUCCUGGAUGUCUAUGAUGUCACGGGACUUCUACGCACACGACGAGCUCUCCGAGGAUGCCUUCCGCGGAAUUCUGUCCCUGAGUGACCACCCGCGGAGGCUGCUAUUCUUCAACGACGAGCUGGCGACCAUCUUGGAGGACGAUCAGCCGCACGAAGACCUCACACUCAAGUACUACGCCCGACGGGUACAAUGUCACGUCUGUCACGAGCACAUGAAGCAGCGCUGGGAGUCGUACUUGGGCGGCGGCGACGAUGCCUCCUUUGCUGAGCCCGUUCUGGAAGAAGGCGCCCUCCUCCUCUCCCAGUGGUGUCAGCCGCUACACCGGGUGCCAGCCGACUGGGUUCGUCACACCCUGGAUGAGAUGGCUCGCCGGGCCAAGGCGAUAGCCGCUGCUAGGCACCCUGGACACCCCAUCGUCAGGUGCGACUGGCAGUUAAACCAUGCAGCGCUACAGGAAUCGAGGUGGAGUGCCGCAGAGUGCCGGUCCUUGCUCAGCUGCAUCAACCAGGCCCUCUUUCACGAGUUUGGACUGGCUGGAGACCGGGUGUACUUCCAUGUACCGGAGAACUCAUUUAUAGACAAGGUCUUGGAAAAGAAAACGGGGAUUCCGCUGACGAUGUGCGUCAUAUAUGGAGCGGUGGCCAGGCGCCUGGGCAUUCACUGCCUGCCGGUCAAUUUCCCGACGCACUUCCUCCUCAAGUUCCUGGAGCACCCGCAGUUGCCAGAGGAGCAGCGGUACACGUACAUCGACGUCUACAACGGUGGACGCUUCCUGGCGCAGGGCGAAUGCCCUUCGCUGUGCCCCAACCUGCAACUGGACAGGAGAACCUGCUUCUCCGUGCUCCGCACACCAAAGGUGCUGGUGCGGAUGUGCUGGAACCUGGUGGAGGCGUGGCGCCAAUUUGAGGGCAACCUGGGUAUGCAGGGCCUCCGCUAUGCCCUUGAGCUGCUCGAGCUGUUUGAGGGCCGCGGUCGGCAUCGCAGCGACCCUAUGCGGGGAGACAUUGAGCACCGGCUUCUGCUGGCACGGGUGUACCUUCACCUGGGCAUCAACUACGAACAGAUCCUGUGCCUGCUGAAAGGAAUCGAGGCGGCGCACCCGGCGUCAAGCGGCAUCGUGGCCUACAUGUACCGCACCGCCCAGAGCCAGAUGGUGGCGCUGGAGCAGCGCAGGGAGACCCGCUCGCAGAGGCAGCCACGCAAGCUCCGCUCCGAGCCCCGCUCGCACGCCAAGGUGGCCUAUGCCGUGGGCAUGAUCAUGAGGCACAAGAAGUACCACUACCACUGCGUCAUCUACGGCUGGGACGGCAAGUGCGCAGCCAACCGGGACUGGAUCUUCCAGAUGGGUGUACACAACCUGAGCCACGAGGACCGGCAGCCCUUCUACAACGUCCUGGUCGAGGACGGCUCCAACCGAUACGCUGCUCAAGAAAACCUGGAAAUUUCCACGAGCCCCGAGGUGAUCACGCACCCCGACGUUGGCAAGUACUUCGAGCGCUUCUGCGGCACGCACUACCUCCCAAAUGCCGAGAAGGCGCACGAAUACCCCGAAGAUGCGGAGGUGCGGGACAAGCUGCUGCUCCAGACAUCGCAAAGUGGCAGCGACGAGGAAGAAGAGGACGAAGAAGAGUCGUGCAGCAUUUAGAAUGCCCCACCACCUGGCUUGACGAUUCGACCACGUCGACGAUCCUAGGGGGUGAGCUCAACAACAGACCAGGGUCCCCUUGCUGUCAUGUUUUUUCAGCUCCACUGAAGCCGACAUAGCGUGAAAUGGACAUAUAGCCUUGUGACGUAGACCUGCGGAGUUUAUAUAAAGAUUGUACAUUUGUGAUCAGUUUGUAUCGGUUUGUCAGCUAAAUUGUUGCAGCUUUUCUUUUUAAUCUCGAAGUAAUGGACUUCUAUUAUGUUGUACAGUAGCUGUGAAAGCGUUUUUCAUUCGUGUCCCUGAAAAACUCCAGAGGAUGAUGUGUUUGUCUUAUGCGCAACUGAAACAGUCCCAGUUUUUUGUUUGUUUUAAAACUAUGGUGAGGCACCGUGAACAUUAUGUGCGCGUUGUAUGGCCAGGAUAAGUAUUAAUGGUGGCGCAACACAGUUCGUGCAUGAAUGUGCUAUUCUUUUUCCAGUAUUUUGGUAUUUCGUUGUGUUCAAGGUGGCGUGCAGCGUCGAUACUCAGUCAUGUGUAAGCGCUCUUCUGCACCACCAUCAAGAUAUAGCACAAUUCUGGUUCCUAAAGGGCCCUUAAACCACCCAAAGGCUGCAAUUUAGUAGUAGUGUUACAUUUGUGCACGAACCAACACUUAACCGCAAGAAUUUUUCGAAAUGGUGCUGUAAUAGCAGAGUUAAAUGCGUGUGACGAUCCACAAGUGGCCCGUGCUUGUUUCGCUCUUUCCUGCUCUACGCUCUGUUCGUUGGCUUCUCUCUCCUCGUGGCCAAGUGUUCCUCCUUGCACAGCAAGGAGGAUAAGCAGGGAGCGCGUGUACCUGCCGGCAGACAAACAGGUUCUUUGUGCUGCUCACAUGACCAAAUUCUGCUGGUGAUGUCACGGCCGGUGCUGAGGAUACUGAAAGGCCUGGAGAAGAGCAUGGGUUGUUUUUUUUUCAUCUUAUGGCGCGCCUGCCCUGCGUAUUGCUGCUAUGUUUGGCACUGUUGAUCAUGACACCAUUCUGAGCUCGAUGUGCCUGUUUACUUUAAAUGUUAAGGGGAGAUGCGGAGGUGGUUUAGGGGCCUUUUAGAAUAAGUUAUAUUUGAUUUUUCAGCAAAUGUCUACUUUAAUAACAGUGUGAGGGUGUUGGUAAUGGAGCUGUUCAGAGCAUCAGUGGUGUGUGUCGGAGAAGCGAAAUGUCCACCUGGAGCACAUGCGAGCGUGAUAAUUGUAUACUGGCGUGUUUCUUUCACAAUUAAGUUGUUCCUUUAAUUUGGAGUCCACAUUACAACCAACAGCAACAAAAUUUCGGUUGUGCUCAGUUUUUUUUUUUAGGACAGCUAGUGAAUAAUCUUCAAAGUAGUUGAAACAAAGGUGUCAUGCUGGCUACUGCACAGAGCUUCAGUUAAUUGAACUCCAUUAACAGGAUCAUGUGAUGGGUGCCGUUAAUAGUUGUACAGCACAGCUGAUCAUACGGGCAGAUGCGAUGCUGCUCUUGUAAUAGCGUGCAGUGUUGUAGAUGUGAAGAUGGGAGAAAACAAGGAGGCGUCUUCAGCAAUACUGCAUGUUGGCUGCAUUGCGUUCUUUUAUUGGCAGUCUUGAGAUGGGCUCUACAGGGAAUUUUUUCCAUAUCUUUGGCUUGUAAGUGGGUCAAUAGAGAUAACGUUAAAAAACUGCUCUUAUGUGACUUCCUUUCACAAUCUGCCAUCUCCGUGGCAAUAGUUUCGUCGCACCAAUCGCCAUUGCGAACGGCAGGAGCCAGAGCACAACGUAGUGAGGACGGCCUCUUGGCAAAAGACCAGUUUGAUGCAUUACUGUUCCAGCUUUUUAGCUGAAGAUUAAAUUCGCACAUGCUCUCUACAAGUCAUUUGUCUUGCUGAUGUAAUUACCGUUUCACGCUGUUUGCCUGUCACCGAAUAGCUGAACGGUCAGCACUUCCACAACGUGUUCAAGGCAACGUGGCUAGUAUGUUGGAAGUCUGUCCUAGCAAUUCGAAAGUCUAGAACAGUCUUCCUUCAUGAGGUACAUGUCUACUGUGCUAUAUGUGUAUCUGUCACAUAUAUCUUAACACUGGGGUUCGACACGCAGACCAAUGAAGUGCUUCUGCCAUUUGCUCAUUCGUGGAGGUUUUGUGAAAAAGCAUGAGAAAGCAGGUUUGGACACUGGAGAUACGAGCGCGGCUGGAGUGCUCGCUCAGUAAUUAGGCGGUUCCGCAUAAACAAUGGGAUAAACUAGCCAUUAGUGUUUCUGUCCCAGUGUCUGUAGUACUGUAAUGGUCCCGCACGCAGACUCUGCAGAACGCGUUUUGCCGUUCACACUGCAAAGCCCGAGACCAGUGCAAUGUUAACUUGCUCACUUUUUUUCGUGUACGCGAAGGAAAUGCUCUACUCCCUCACUGUCCCUCUGUACCUCAGGAUUGUCGGUUUAUUGUGAACCUGGUUCCCGACACGUGUUACCUCCCCAUACCCUUUCUUUCCUUCACGUUUCCCUCAGAGACUACCAACAGCGUGACUACGUACGCAGUCAAACCUUGUAACAACGAAGUCGCAUCUGACACGAAAAUGACUUCAUUUAUCUCGAAAAUUCGUUGUAAACGUAUAUUCGUUACAACAAUAUAAUGGCGAGACAAUAAAACUUGUUGAUGGGCGAGUUGGUUCAUAGUUGAAAGGUAAAAACGGCAUGCACAAAUUAUACACAAUGGCACAGUAAGAAAAGCACGGACAAACGUUUUUCUUAUUUUUUUUUUUGUUGUGUAUAAUUUGCGCGUACCAUUUUUAACUUUCAAUCGCAAGACCAUUCUCCGUUUACUUCGUUAUAUUCAGGUUUGACUGCCUCGUGUAAAUUAAUGGUUGUGCUACGGUUAUUCUUACUCCAUGUGCCUACACAGCAUGUUUGCAUGAUUAUAUGAGUUGUACAUCAUGACUUAGCGUGUAUUCGUUGCUGUAAUGACAGCACUUGCUGUGUAAUGGAACUGUAGUCUUGAGCGCACGCAGUGUGGCCACGCGUAUCUCUCCGAUACUAUGUGUUCGCAGAUUUUUUACAAUUGGGGUUAUGCUUGUUGUAUAAAAGUCGCAGUUUUUUUGUUGUUUUUUUUUCGUGUGUUUCAUCUGUGUUAAGAGGGCACAAUUAUAACUAUGCCCUGCCACGCAUUCUGCCACAUUCUGGCAAGAUUUUGUGACCUGAACUUGCGCCGGGUUUCAGUUUGUUUUGCAGUCGGUUACUACUUUUGUAACUUGAGGUUACUCCGGGAAAUUGAAGUCUGUGAUGUGUAGGAGCUGUUGUAAGUUUGUUUUGAGAUGGACGUCUGUGUAAUCUUUUGUUUACUUUUAGUGUGUUUUUAUAGCCCAAACGGGGCUGUGCCCAGUAAUCAAUGCAACACUUAAAACUUGUCAAUGGGCCUGUUGUUAAAAAAGAAAAGAUUGUGUUUAUGCUGUGCAAUCUUGUGUUGUGUACAUUACGUACGUUGUAUAUUGCCGUGUAUAAGUUGAUUCCACAUAUAAGACAUCUCUGCCUCCCCAACAUGGACAUCCCGGAAUGCAAGGAAAUGUUUGAAAAGUGGGAGUCAUGGCAAAUCUAAUUUCCAUUCUCAAAAAGCCACAGGUUAUGUUGUCAUAUUCCACGCAACUAUUAGAUCCCAACAUUUUCAUUGAUUUCCCAGCAAUGCAAGAGUUGUCGCAGUCUUCGCAGCUCUGGUGUCAUCUAAAUCUAAGUGCUUUGAGCACCUUGCGUACUAUUGUACAUUUUUUUACCUAACAACGUUGAGAAGUAUCAGUUCGUAAAAGUAAUCGAAGCUCUCCAAGAUAGUGACGCGUUCCUCAUUUCCCAGCAACAGUAUUGCUUUUCAUGUUAGUGACACCAAUCCUGUCGAAGGAAACGUUUUCAUUGCUGGAAGCACUGGGACGUGCUCAAGGAACAACGCAAGCAUUCUUGCAUGACUAAAUUGCAGCGCGGACAGCUGAUGGUGCUUUUACGUCAUUGGCUAAAACAUUGAAUAGAAACUACCCACUCCAGCGUCAAAUUUAAGCUGAAGCCAUGCUGAACCAAAACUCUGGCCAAAUGUGAAGUCAGUCAUGUGUGCCACUAAUGAAUCGGCCUUCGCACAUGGGUCAGCACCAUGUAAUUCGGGAGGUCACACUUUUAGAAAAAUGAAUAGAUGUCGGCUUAUGCGCGGCAAUAUGGUGGUAGUUUGUUUUUCACUCUGUUGACCCUUUAUCCGUCAUGACGCACAAGGUUAUUGCAUUGCCAUGUGAAUACUGUGUGUGGCAUGGUUGUGGGGGCCCUCUCUGCAUUUUUUUUUUUCCAGUCCGCGUGCUGAAGUGAGAGGGCACCACACUUGCAUAUUCCAGGUUUGUAUGCAAAAAUAAAGGCAGCAGUGACAACAAA